AUGGACCACCCAUCGCACCGUGUCACCAGCGACGAUCUGCACGCGGGCUACCUAGAUCGCUCCGUCAGAGAGCUCGAGGACAAGGUCCGCCAGCAUGAACUGGCCUUGUCCAAGCUGCGUGAGACGCCCAUUCGCCAGUAUGGCGGGCCCGUGGAGUCAACAAUAGCUUCAAUGGAGAUCAUGACUAAGGCCUAUGAGGAUGUCACCACAUCUGAUCCGUUUCUGCCGUUCCCAGACUCUGUCCUCCCGGCCUUGAUUGCCCUGAGGAACACGCAUCGUACUAUUGCCGAGUCACGGGAAUACCUCGCGUCUCAGGCGACCUCCUUGAAGAAGGCGAACCAGCGCUUGGAAGUUGAGCAAGCCAAUCUCAAUGACCAGAAGGCACUUCAGAAGAGCUUGGAGGCUCGUAUUCAGUCGCUUCGCGAUGGUUUAGAGUCAAGAAUGGAGAUGACCCCUAAGGAGAUCACCAAGGAGAAGAUUAAUGAACUAAAGCAGAAAAAGCGAGGCUACGACAAGGACACGUCUAAGCUCUUGAAAGCUUUGAAUAAGUUUAUUGACGAUCAUCUUGGGGUAAUGCUAGCAGCAGAAGAACUAGGCGGCCCGGUUGUUGGCGAUAUGAUGGACGUCGAUGCAGACGACCUUAAUGCCGGCUUCAGCGCGCAUGGAAAGCUGAAGAAGGUAAAACAAAAUCAGAAUCAGGACAAACGACAGCGCCGCAUCGAUGAUAUUUGGGGAGCUGAGCAGCGCCAGAAUAGCAAGGCCAAAGAGGAAUGGAAUGAAGCUGUUGCCGCUGGCCAAGAGAUGCGAGAGUUAACAGAGGAGUUGCUCAACGCGCUCACGGACUCAGGAGGCGACGGCUCGGCAGCCUACGUGAUAAUCCCACGAGAAACUGCUGCAAGUCGGUUUCUAGUCAGAGCCAAGGUUGCACAGUUCCAUCCCCGAGAUGCUACCAGGUUGCGACUAAUAGAUUUUGGCCGCGAGAUCGAUGACUAG